ACGAGGUUCCUGAUGAUCCUGGAAAAGACCAGAGUGAGGACAGCGUCCAGGUUGAGGACGUUGAGGGUACCCCCCCCAGGUGCUGCAUCCACUCCGGAGGUCACAACCAAGUACGUCAUGGAGUACAACAACGGGAACUUCCCCGAUCUGACGGAGAACCCUCACGCCGUAGACGACCACCUUCUGGGAAACAACGACUUCAAAAACUUGAUCGGUAAUGAGAUCGACGACGACGUGCCGUGGCCCCCGAGGCCCCUGAAGGACCAGGUGGUGGAGCUGAGCAUCAAGCUGAGAGGAGAAACCUACAACGACGCUCUGAGAGACCCGAGCAGCUCCCAGUACCAGCAGCUGGCCAAACACUUCACCCGCAGGAUUGAAGACGCCUUCGAGAGACUCCCGGGCUUCAAGAACGUCUUCGUAGUUGAAUUCAGGCCUCAGAAGGACCUGGAGAGGUCUCGUUCCCCCUUCAGGGGUCUGGUGGUCCUGGUCCACUACGCCAUCACCCUGGAGGUAGACGGCAGCAGCGGUGUCACCAACGACACGCUGGACUUCAUCUCUCUGCAGAACAACCUGGUGGAGAAUAAUUACCCCGGAGCCGCCGAGCAGCCCACCGUCGUCUACACCAUCACCGACUUCCGCAACUACAUCACGGAGGCUCUGCACAAGGACAACUUCAUGAGCAACAGCAGCCUGGAGACGCAGCCGGACGCCCUGCAGCUGGAGAACGUGGAGAACUUGUUACCUGCUGAGAAACCGACGAGCCGACCGGCCGACACCUUUGACAACAUGGACAAUGUCCUCGCUGCAGAGAAGCCUCCCGACGCUCCGAUCCACGAGGACGACCUUACCAAAGACGACUUCCUAUUCGACCCUUUUGACCAGCGGAAAGAAUCUCAGGGCACCUCGCUGAGCGAGAACGACGUCUUCAUGUUUGAAGAGAGCACGAGUCCUCCAGCCGCCGCAGGGUUCCCUGAGAAGACCUUCGACCUGCAAGGAGAGAAUGAUGGAAAUAUUGAAGAUGAGGGAUUCCUCCUGAGUAAUGAUCCGGCGGUUGGAGACCACGUCGCCCGAGGAGACCAGGUGGAUCCUGGAGGAUCCUCUGCAGCCAUCGCCCCCCAACUGCUGGUGAAACCUCAAUCGGGCUCCGAGGUCAUGCCGGACGAAGGAUCUGGUUCUGGUUUCUCUGGAGACGGACGGGGAGCCGAUCUCUGGUCCUGGCAGCCAGUGGCGUCCUCUGACGAGAUCCUCUACGAGGACAGCAGCCUUGAGGUGCUACCACCGCCGGAUCUGGAGGAGACAGUGGACGAGUACGAGGAGGCCACUGAGAACCAGGAUGUAACUUUUAUGGAGGUUGAGUUCACCAUAGCUCCCCGUUUACAAACAACAGUUCCUGCUUUUGAAGAAUCAUUGCUGGAGGAACCAUUCUUGGACCAGGUUUUGAUGACACCCCAUAUCAGCACAGACCCUCGGCACUCAACCACCACCGAAGCACCAGUGUUCUUCCCCAAAGGAACCUUGGACAUCAAACUGUCAGUGGAGGCAUCUGGUAUCCAUGACGACUACUCCUUGACCAGACCACAUACCCUUGUGGCUCCAGUCACAGAUUCUCUUGAGUCUGAACCCUGGACUCGCGACGCCCCUGUUUUUAGAGGACCAACCGAUUCGGCCGUCAAGCUUCCAGAAACCACUGAAGAUGUUGAAGUAACUAGUGAAGCAGCAGUAGAGCUUCCAGCUGCUGCUGUUGGGUCUGAAUCUAAAGAAGAUCAACCCGAAAAGGUAGAGGUUGAAGUCCCAGAUACUGAAACCUCCUCAACCGAAGUGUUAGAGUCUCCUACCUUUGUAGGAGUCCAGUCAGAACCCAGCUUUGACUUGACCACCGAACAGCUGGCAGAACUUCAGAUAUUCACUGAAAAACCUAACCUGCUGCUGCCAGAAACCAAAGACCAGGAUGAGGUUGAAAUUAUAGUGGAACAACACAUCGGCGGCACUGAUCCCACCAUAACAACGGCGCCAGCGGUCAGUCUCCAAGAAGAGGAUCUGGUUGUGGAUGAAGUCAUGAUUGUCGCGACGACAACUGCCGCUUCAGUCCUCAAUUCCUCUGUGAGUUCAGACCACAGCGGCAGAAUUGCGCUCUCCCCUGAGAAGGACUCACCGUUCACCCGCGUGUUGGAUUCGGCACCGGAGGACGAGGAACCGGUUCACCAUGAGCACCUGAACCACGAAGAAGAGUUUCCAAUGAGCAGUCCGACUUCAGGUGUUCCUCUUUUUACGCCAUCAUCAUCACAUCAAGGUGAUCUAAUGUCUCCAGGAGCUUCAGCUCAGGAGGAAAAUGUCUUAACCACCUCCACGAAUAUUUCAGAAAGGGAAUCAAGUAGUGAAACCCUCCAAACAACAACGACCUCGCUUCAGGAAGUCCACAACGACCCCCCAGCUACUGAGAUCCAACCCUUCGAUCACGAUAUAUCUGACGUGCCGAGCAUCGACGUCAGCUUCGAUUUGUUCCAGUACGGCGGCAUGGCGACUGAAGGUGACAGCAGCGGAUUCUCCAGUGGGGCUCAGGGGUCGGACCUGGAUGGCGUCGCUCUACCGACCCGACCCGGCAGGGCCCUGACGGUGUUCUUCAGCCUCAGGGUGACCAACAUGGCGUUCUCCAUGGACCUCUUCAACAAGAGCUCGCCCGAGUACAAAGCCCUGGAGCAACAGUUCCUACAACUGCUGGUCCCGCACCUUCAGUCCAACCUGAACAACUUCAAGAACCUGGAGAUCCUCAACUUCAGGAACGGCAGCAUCGUGGUGAACAGCAGGAUGAGGUUCGGUGAGCCAGUUCCCAGAGGGGUCACCAACGUCGUGUACCUCAUCCUGGAAGACUUCGCCAACACCGCAUACCAGACCAUGAACCUGGCCAUUGACAAGUACUCGCUGGACGUGGAAUCAGGUGACCGGGCCGACCCCUGUAAAUUCCAGGCGUGUAACGACUUCUCCAGGUGUUUGGUGAAUCGGUGGUCCGGAGAGGCAGAGUGCGUUUGUGACGCCGGAUACCUGAGCGUAGACGGCCUGCCGUGUCAGAGCAUCUGCGAGGUGCAGCUCGACUUCUGCCUCAACGACGGCAAAUGUGACGUCAUCCCCGGCAAGGGCACCAUCUGCAGGUGUCGGGUCGGAGAGAACUGGUGGUACCGCGGUGAGCACUGCGAGGAGUUCGUCUCCGAGCCGCUGGUGGUCGGCAUCGCCGUUGCCUCUGUGGUCGGCUUCCUCGCGGUGGCGGCCGGGAUCGUCUUCUUCCUCGCGAGGAUGCUGCGAGACCAGUACGACGGGGGGGACUCAGAGGACCCGCUACGGUGGGCAAGGAUCCCGUCAGACUUUUUGUCUGAUGGGAAUUUUUGUUUUAAUCCAAUAGUUUGUCGAGUUAACGCUAACGUGUUUCCCUCCAGACGGGGCGACAGCGUGCCGACGCUGGAACGAGCCAACAAGCUCAACCCGGCGUUCGAGAACAGCCCGGUCACCGCCCAGUACUACCGUCGCUAUGACGACCUGCCGCUGUACGGAGGCUCUGUCGACAGCGACGAGAUACGACAAAUCUACCAGAACAAGGCACUCACCAAGGAGGAGGUCCAGGAGCGUCUUAGGAUACUUGAGUUGUGUGCCAGAGAUCAGCACUUUGCAGACUUUGUGCGACAGACGCAAGUAUUCCUGGAGAGGAGAGGAAGUUCGACCACAUAGCGAGUCCUGAGCCGGAGACCUCGAGAAAUCUGCCUUCGUCUUUGAUUCUUGGGACUUCUUCUGUGACCGUGACGAAGCGUUCAGGAGUUUAUUUCCAGUUCCCCUGAACUGUCCUUCUCGUCUUCACCUGUAAAUACUGUGUUGUUUGUGUUUUUAACACUUCAGUCUGUGUUCACUGCUCUUCCUCAUAUUCUCUCUGAGAACCUCUGUCUUACGCUUCGUCUUUAGCUUCGUCUCAAAGGGUUUCUGUUGAACCUGCUGCUGUAGCUUCAAACACCUCGCUGGAGGUUGGUUGGUGGUCGAUAGUUUGACUCUGACACUCAGACUCCUCUUCGUCAGUGCCUUCGCCGCUCUGCUAGCUUCUUUGGGAUGCGUAGACUCUCAGAGCCCUUGACGUCAGUUUUCCUCGACAACUCGGAUCAAUAAGCUGCCGAUCAGCUGCUUAACAAACACCAAUGUUUACAUUUCUAAUCAAUGCUGGAGUGUUAACGGAUAUGUGGAACUUGUGUAGCCACGCCCCUUUAUGUUUCGUCUUCGUGCUUCGUCACUCAGAAAUCUUAACCACAGUUUUAAACUUUUAAACUGCCUCCAGAUACGAUUGGUGUGACUUGUUUAUCUGUCUUUGGAGAGAAACUUCAUAUGUUGAGAUUCGUCCACAGCUCAACAAGGUUUAACUCACAUUUCAAUUUCAAUGCAAAAAACCUGGAACUGUUAUUUAUCAUCAUAUGUGUUAAAAACCUAAAACAGUUUGCAGACGAUAUGAUUUUACAAGUUAUUUACUUUUGUGAACUAAGUAAAAAGAUAAUUGAGUACUAAAAGUUAGAAAUACUCUCAAAAUGAAAU